AUGAGUAGUCCUACAGAUGAGAUCAUACAACUAACUAAUGACGACGCUACAUCCAGUAAAGCUCAUGCCAUUUCUCGUGGAUACUGGAAAGACAAGUAUAUCAGGUAUUUUUGUUCCUCUCCGUCACACAAAACUCCGGAGAUUAAUCGUGGCUAUUUUAUAAGAACAACUGCAUUCAGAGCGAUUGCCAUAUCAUUUAUAAAGUCCACAGGUGGAGCCUGCCAAAUUGUAAACCUUGGUGCAGGCUCAGAUACAUUGUACUUCGCGCUAAAAGAUGCUCAGGAGACCCCAGAGCUAUACGUCGAAGUAGACUUGGCAUCUAACAUUCAGCAAAAAGCUAUGACAAUACAACGAAGAAGGCUGCUUGAAUCAACAAAUGCUUCACCACUUAAAGACGAUAAUUUAAACCUUACAAUAAAUCAAAAGACUUCUGUUGUCGACGCACUACAUGAUAAUUUGCACUACGUUUUUGAAACGGGACGGUUUCACUUACUGAGUUUCGAUUUACGAAGAUCUGUUCAAGAUCUUCUAGAUGUUUUAUGUUCAACAGUUAAUGGGCUGGUUGCAAGCUGUCAGUUAAUAAAGGGUCUUUCGGUAAACUUCCCACGUGCUUCAUUCCUGCAUUAUGAACAGGUUAAUAUGAGCGAUUCAUUUGGUUCUAUUAUGAUCAAAAAUUUUCGUGCUCGUUCCUGUGAGCUUCCUGGUCUUAAUGCAUGUCAUUCACUGGCUACUCAAGAAGAACGAUUUUUUAAGGCUGUUUAUAAGAUGUUACCUUCCAGUACUCGAUACAGAGUAGAACAUUUGGAACUAUUGGAUGACCUUGAAGUGACAAUGCAGUUGUUUGAUCAUUAUUGUAUUCUCCUGGCAACUAAUGAUGAAAUAAUCUGCCCAGAUGAACAGUUGAAAGAAUCAUUAGCCACUAUUGAGUAG